UUGACAGCAAAAAUAGAAGAAAGUUUUGUUAUUAUUCCAUAAGAUUUCGGAAAGAUUCGUUUAAUUUCAUUCAUUUUUCUAUGCUUUAUAACAAAAUAUACACCACGAGCUAAAUAUUGAUCGGAGAAAAUGACUUAAAACAACAGAAUAUACACCUGAAUUCUGAUCAUGAACUUUUAUCCAUAACACAGUUCAUCCAGUGAACAGUUUUCAUACUGGAGGCUAAUGUCUUUGCACACCGAGCCCAGAUCCCCUGGUCCUGGGUCGCCUAAGCCAUAUGAUUGCUUGUUGAAGUUCCUUCUUGUUGGUGAUAGUGAUGUUGGCAAGGAAGAAUUGCUGGGUGGUAUGGACAAUGGCUCCUCUGAAUCGCCUUACAGUGCUUCAAGUUGUGGUAUUGAAUAUAAGACAACAACCAUUCUGCUUGAUGGACGAAGAGUGAAACUGAUGCUUUGGGACACAUCUGGUCAGGGAAGAUUUUGUACGAUAUUUCGCUCGUAUUCAAGGGGUGCACAGGGUAUAUUACUAGUCUAUGAUAUCACAAACAAGUGGUCAUUCGAUGGAAUUGAUAGAUGGAUUAAAGAAAUUGAUGAGCAUGCACCAGGAGUGCCAAAAAUCCUUGUAGGAAAUCGUCUUCACCUUGCCUACAAACGUCAGGUCAGUGAGGGAGAGGCGGAGGCAUAUGCUGUUAAGAAUGAAAUGGCAUUUUUUGAAGUUAGCCCACUAUGUGAUUUCAAUGUGACAGAAUCAUUUGCUGAAUUAUCUCGAGUUGCCAUAAAGAGAAAUGGAAUGACUAGGUCAUGGGGCGGCCAUAAAGCCCUAAGCCUCCAAGAACUAGCAUGUCGGACAAUUGUAUCGAGUACCACAAUAUAUGGUAUAGAACAGCUGCCAUUGCCACAAACACUUAAAAAUCAUCUCAAAUCAUAUGCUCUCACUAACAAGACUCGUGCAAGGAUGCUCAGUUUCAUCCAUAGAGACACGAAAGAUAAACACAAAAAGACAAAGUUUCUCAACCCAACAGAUUCUCCCCCAGCCCACUGCAGAAAGAGUUGUGUGAUUAGCUAGUAUAGUGUACGCAUUAUCUCAGACAGUUUUGGGUAAAUGCAGGAGCAUUCCAAUUGAUAAAAAAAUCUCAUGCUUUUGGAAUAUCUUGGAUCUUUUGGUGCAGUGUAAGUGCAGAAAAAAAGUUGUGCUUGAGUAUGAAUGUGCUAUUGUUAGGUAUCUUCAUCCUGAUAGCAAACACUACAGUGCUGAAUAGAUCAAUGGAUAAAGAUCACAAAAAUGAGUCACUUGGUUAAAGAUUGCUUACUGGCGUAGAAAACUGCAUUUUCAUAAUAAUAUUUAAGGCCUUUAGCAUGAGCAUUUUGCUGCAUUCUUAAUAGAUUAGUCAUGUUACUGUUAGGAGUGUACAAUACUUUAUCAGACUAUAUAAAGUCGCCUCAUUUUGUGUUUUAAAAGUUUUUGUGAAAAGAAAAAUAUAGGUUUGAUUUUUUGCAAACGGUGCAAGUCGUUAAGGAAUAAACUAGUCUAAAAACAUAACAUCUGAUUGGUUGUUUUUAAGCAGCCUUUUCAAUGAUUGUAUAUAAGCAGCUUCCUCAUUGGUUGUUUAUAAGCAGUCUUUUGAAUGGUUGUAUAUAAGCAGCUUUCUGAUUGGUUGUUUAUAAGCAGCCUUAUAAGUUAUACUAUUGACCAAUAGAAUGUUAGUAUAUGUUAGUAUUCAUAGGCUGGUCACUGAACUCAGUUUUGUAAACAUAGAAGCAGAUAUUUUUGUUUUUGUGUUUAGUUGUACAACAUGAAUACCUUCCAAUAGUUAGUUUUAAAAACCACUGCCCCAAAAAUACUUGGGUAGAUGAAGGUCUUCCAAUAUUUUUUUUAAAGAAAGUUAGUUUGCUAAAUAUUGUUUAAGCUUAUGCUAUAUUUUAUAUAAUUCAAAUUAUGACACAUAACUUGAAAUUUGUAUGCAAGAGUUUGGAAUAUUCUGUGUUAUGCAAAAUUUUUGUGUUUGAGGACAUGCUUGCUAGUUAUUUUGCUUGUUUAGUGCACCAUUGUGAGCAGAGUAUUAUUUGUUUCCUGGGAGUUAUUUAUUCAAGGUUGUUUGUAUAUAUUUUUUUUCAGCAUAUCAUUUUAAGCUCACCUGAGCCAAAUGCUCAUGGUGAGCUUUUGUGACCAUUCAUUGUCCGUCACGUGACGUGUAUUGUCACUGUUGUGUGUCCGUCAACAUUUUCUAAAAAAUCUUCUUGAAAACCACUGGGCAGAAUGACACCAAACUUCACAGGAAUGAUCCUUGAGUGGCCCCCUUUCAAAAUUGUUCAAAGAAUUGAAUUCCAUGCAGAACUCUGGUUGCCAGGCAACCGAAAGGAAAAACUUUAAAAAUCUUGUUCAAAACUACAAGGGGUAGAGCCUUGAUAUUUGCAUGUGACAUCAUCUAAUGGUCCUCUAUGAGGAUUAUUCAAAGUGUGCCCCUGGGGUGAAAAGAGGUCCCUCCCCCGGGGUCUCAAGUUUUACAUAAACUUACAUAGGAAAAACACUUUGAAAAUCUUCUUGUCUGAAACUGCAAGACCUAGGUUUUUGAUAUUUGGUAUGUUGCCUUGCCUAGUGAUCCUCUACCAAUUUAUUCAAAUUAUGCCCCUGGUGUGAAAAGAGGCCCUGCUCUGGGGGUCCCAAGUUUAACAUAGACUUAUAUAAGAAUAAAAAAAUAAAAAUCUUCUUGUCUGAAAGUUCAAGGCCUAGGCCUUUGAUAUUUGGUAUGUAGCAUUGCCUAGUGGAUCUCUAAUAAGAUUGUUCAAAUUAUGCCCCUGUGGUGAAAAGAAGCCCCACUCUGGGGUUACUGCUUAUAUGAGUUAUAUAGGGAAAAGUACUCAAAAAUUAUUAGAUCAUAUUUCCUAGACUGUUUAAUUGUAAUUUCCUGAUGACCCAAGUGAUUAGGGGUCACUUGACUGUGACCUUGACCUACUUCCUUGUUUUUUAAGAUACAGCCUUGAAAUUUAGGUGGUGUGUACCAGUUUUGCACACCGAUCUUAAUACUGACUUUCUGUGACCAUGAAUGUGUUUCUUAAAGGCCUAGAUUUUGGCAGUGGGCCAAGGGAUUUCUGUCUUCACCAGCACAGUUGGGGGCUAAUGACCAUCACAGUAUGGUUCCAAUAAACAAGGGUCAAUGUUUAUUGGAGAGUCAGUCUACCUUACAAGUGUAUCAAUUAGUGAGAAGGGGAAACAAUGUAAUUUAUUUUAAAUUGAUAUAUAAUUGAUAACUUUUAAAGUUAUACUAGUUUUUUUUUUUUUUUUUUUUUUUUUUGGCAUUUCUAUGUAAAGAAAAAUAUUUGUUGAUCAAACACAAUAAUAAGAUAAUCAGAAACUUAUUUUCACAAUAAUGAAAUAAUGACAAACUUACUUGAAGAAAUAUGCAAGUUUUUAUUUUUUCAAAGUGUGUCUGGAGAAUUGUGAUAUUUCAGAAAAAUGUGACUUUCACUCAUCUAAAGCUUGCAGAAUACUGUAAAUAACAUUUGUCUAAAACUGAAAACAGUAUGUGCAUUUCAAAGUUACAAAGCAAAGCAUGAAAAAAGUCACUUUUGGCAACAUACUGAAAAUGAAAAUUCAGUAUUGAUGGGACACAAUAAUUAUAAGUUCAAAUAAUGUUGAUUACAUGAAUACAAGAAACCCAGUUUCCAAUUAGAAAAAUAUUGUUUGUCAGCACAAAGAACUCAUGAAGUUUUCACUAUACUUGUGUUUUAUUAUCAUUAUUAUUUUCAAUAUUAUUACUGUAUCUUUAAUCAUCCUUU